AUGAGUGAAGUACCCAUGUGCUUGUUUAUUGCCUGCUCAACGAGAGAUAACACAAGUCGAGAGUACAUAUACACGAUUUUAAAAAAUAGGUUAUUAGGUAGUCAUGUAUGUAUAGAUACGAAUAUAUUAGAUGUUCCAACGAAUUUAAAAUUUUGUUCAUUUGAUGAUUUAUUAAAAUGUGCAGAUGAUUUACAAAAAUACGAUACAUAUACAUAUGGUUGUUUGAAAAAAAUAGAAAAAAUCGCAAAAGAAUAUGAUGAAAAUAUAGAAUUAAAAAUAAUUUAUCAACGUCAACAUAUUAAUAUUGAUCAAUAUAUUAGAAGAUUUAGUUGGGAUGAUGCAAAGUACCCAAGGAAUAGAUCCCUUACAGAUACAAUUGAUAUUAUGAUAAAUAAUAUAACAAAAUUAUCAGAUGAAAUUCAAAUAAAGUCUAGUAUGCUUAAUGAUCUAAAGGAAAAAAAAAAAAAAGAAGUACCAACAAAUAGUGUAAAUAAUUUUUUUUUAAGAAAUUUAAAUGAAAUAUUAACACCACAAACUGUGAGCCAAUCUGAUUUUAUUGAAACAGAAUAUUUAACAACUCUUAUUGCAUAUAUUCCGAAAAAUUUAGAAGAUGAAUGGUUAAAUAAUUAUGAGAAAUUUUCAGACUAUGUUGUUCCAAGGUCUACUGAGCAAUUUAAAAAUUUAAUAGACAAAGAUGGAAAUACAUUAUGGAAAGUUUACGUUUUUAAAAAAUUUGCAGAAAAUUUUAAAGAAGCAGCUAAAGGAAAAAAAUUUAUUGUCAAAUCUUUUAAGUAUGACGAAAAACAUUAUAAUGAUAUUAUGGAAUCAAGAACAAAAGUAGAAGCAGAAAUUAUAAGACAAGAAUCAUUUUUAAGAAGAAUGUGUUUAGCUGCUUUUUCUGAUAUAUUUAUUGCCUUUAUUCAUAUUAACAUUUUAAGAGUAUUCUGUGAAUCAGUCCUUAGGUUUGGUGUACCCCCAAAUUUUGCAUCCUUUAGUAUUAGAAUAAACGGGGAGAGUAAAGAAAAAAAAGUUCGAAAAAAAUUAUAUGAUAUAUUUUCUAGCACCGAUUCAAUAGGCAAAAACUACAUCAAGAGAUCCGAUGAUAACGAUGAAGAGAUUUAUCCCUAUGUUUCCGUCUCGUUUAAGAUUUGA